GUUAUCAAUGCCAUGUUCCACGGACCGCUCGCGAUUGUCACGGAGUGUUCUAGAACUGCAUUUGUCCACGCUGUAGCACAGCAACCAAACAUAACGCCACUGUUGACCGAGGAUACGCACGGAUCUCUCGAGCUCCGCGUUUUGUCAAAGUGAAUUUGCAUGUUUGACAUUGAAAUAUGGGGGUUCUCGACAAGGCGGCGUCAGCGUUCCUUUCAGUGGUACACGUGCUUUCAUUGCUCAGGCCUGGCGGUAAAAGACAGAGCGGCGAGACAAAACUCAGCGUAACUGUCCACGAGGGCAAAGUCGGUCGCCAGAGUCAGGGCAAGUAUCUGGUGACAAUGCGCCAUGGCAAAGAAAAGGUGCAAACCGCUAAGAAAAAGUCAGAUGCACUGACCUGGGAGCAUUCUACGGAGUUCAUGCCAUGGUCGCCAACAGACCAACUGGUUCUGAAACUUCGUAAGGCGAAGCGCUGCAAAGACACCACAGUUGGUGAACUGUCCAUCGAUGUUGCAGCCGCACUAGAGUCAGCGGACGGUUUACCACAGAAGUGGUGGUACAUCAUGGACCGACCCAGCAAAGGCGGGCGGAGGAAUGCGGAAGUGUUCUUACAAGUGUCCGUGACUCUCGACGGCACGGAGGUGAACAGUCAGCCUACACAGAAUCAGGUCCCAGCCAAUCCUCCCGAGGGGACCGUUGAGGCAUCUUCGAAAGGGGAGCCUGAUACUCUGUCGGAGCUGCAGAAUCACCAGGUCAAGGCGGCGGAAGUUUCCAAAGAAAAUGAAAAUGAAGCGGACACGCCCCGUGACAGCAGCGCUAAGGACAGCAAACCACCAUCCGUCGCCGGCGACAUCGCAGACGUCAAACUAGACUCUUCAGACACAGUUUCAACAUCAGACACAGGGGACGAGUUUGUUGCCAACGAAGACAGGGAUGUCCCACUAAACAACGCGCACCGUUCUUUUGGUAACACGGACGUGGCGCCCCUUCAAGUGUCCGGUGCUGCCGACGGUCCAGAGUGUGAGCUACUAAAGGGCCAAGACCCUGCCAAGACUUCCGAGGGUACAGUCAAGACGGAACUGCAAGUGAAACCAGAGUUGGAGGAUGACAAGAUCAAUAUUUCCCAGGAAAAAGAGCCGGACGCACCAUCGGACAGCAGCGGCAAGGACAGCUCACCACCAGCCGCUGCCGGCGACGCCGCAAACGUCAAAACAGCGUCUUCAACAAGCCCGGCAUCCGUCCUACCAGCCACAGCUCCAGAUACAGCAGACAAACGCCCUGCUGCCGGAGAAGGCGAUGUCCCAGAGCGCUAUCCUCCAGUUGUCCAUCGAGAACAGACGGAAGCACCCGACAACAGGGACAGGAAUACAGACAGUCAGACGACAUCGUCUACACAAGAAGGAGGAGGAGCGUCUCUCGCAACAACCACCCCAUCGCCCAAACACAAGGACGCAGAAGAUCCUCAAUAUGAAGAGGUCAUGUCGUCAGUCGACAAGCUGUGGGCAGAGCUCCAUCUUGAGAGAGACUAUGCGGAAAAGCUUCUCGCUCAUGCAGACUCCCUUCGAUCCAGACUCGCCACUACCGCCCCGCAUGUUCUCCAGUACCCAGUUAUCAAGAACAUUAUCGCUGCCGUGCCCGAUCGCACAUCUUACAAGUUACCCGACACACAAGGACUGAGUUUGCAGGAGCUGAAAUGCAUCCAGAAGACGCUCACCAAGUCGGUACAAGAUGAGAAGGAACGCGGGACCUACAUCAAGUGCUGGUACUGGGAAGAACUGGUCCGCGUGGCUCUGAAAGAAGCGCCCGAAGUAUUUGGGCCAGAGGACUGAUGUGACAAUCUUAAACCAUAGUUGUGUAAUGCACAUGCUGCAUGCGUGAAAUGGUUUAUUUGGACUUGAACGAUAGUUUUAUAUCACACAACGCUAUAAGUAAAUAAAAGAACAGAAGAAGGUCCGUUAUGAAUAUUAGAUCGAUCCAUUUGUACAUAUGGUAUGCAGUUGAAAAGGAACUUGUACUUUAUGAGGUCUUUUUAAAGAAUGAAUUUGUUUCUAAACAAACGUUUGAUUCAAUUGUUAAGAAUAUUGGGCAAUAUAACUGUCGCAGAUGUUUGUUCCGGAAGUCAAAGUUGCUGUUUAUUGUAUCAAUCAUUCAAGCUUUACCUACACAUAAACAUCAUCGACUGCACUGACCUUUUGUCAAAGUUGCUAUUGUCAUUCAUGGAGUUAGAUGUUCGAUUUUAACCACGU